AUGCCCGUUAAGCGAGGAGCCCCGCGGAGGUCCUGCGAUCUUUGCCAUCAACAGAAGAGGAAAUGCGACCGUUCUUCCCGGAUUGACCAAGGAGGGGCAGGUUGCUCAAGAUGCAUCACCCAGAAAAGGGAAUGCCAUUCUGAAGCCUUUGAGCAAACAGAUGUACCCAAGCGCCAACGUGUGAUGGCCCGGAGCCCCAGCCGAGAGUCCAGUGUGUGGGAGAACGGAAUUAACCCCGUUGGGUCAACUUCCCAGGAUUCACUGCUCGAUCUACCACCCAGUAGCAGCCGCAGUACUAGCAUUGUGGAGCCCCAUGAACUCUCUCGCCUGCGCAGUGACCCAACGCAUUUCUCCUCUCCGUCCACCAUGGAGCCCCCCCGGCUAAGCUUCAGCGGGGCCGCAUUUUUACGAAGUAUCUUCGUCGUAGAUGAACAAGCUGCGAGCUUUCGGAGCCCAAGCGUGACAUCCACCUUCCCAGACUCACAAAUUUCGCACUCGCCGGAUUCAUCAACCCUUCCGAGCCUGCAAUCUGCGCCGGUGAGCCCGAAGCUCCCUCAACCAGAUAUCGCGUCCAACGAUUUUCGCUUAGCACAUUCCCACGUAUUACAAUUUCUAGUUGAUCGGUUGGUGCAUUCCCGCGAAAAGUUCGAUCAAGAUAUUUUUGUGAAGUGCCACCUUACGGUCAAAGAUCUCGCUGAGUCACUGCGUGCCUACUUUGAUAUUCCCGGAAUUUUUCAUCCCUUCAUCCCAGAAGAUGCUUUUUGGGAAGACCUGAGAGCAGGGAUAUGCAGCCCGACACUUCUUGCAGCCAUCGCGUCCCGCGGUAUACCGUUCACGAAUGCGAAAGACAAAUGGGAAAAACAAAAGUUACUCGUUGUCAUGUGCAUGGAUGAAAUCAUGGAGGUCGGGGUGAGCCGCGAUGGCUCUGAGCGAUUGCGCCUUGAUGACCUUGAAGCGAUGGCACUCAUGAUGGAUUUGAAAUAUAAGAGUCCACAUUUAUUUUUGGGCUAUAAACACGAGUGGAGACGACUUUUCGCAUAUGAUUCCCUUGUUAAGGAAACUCUAAAGGGUCCGAAUCGAGAGCCAAUGGCAUCGGACCCCUCGGGAUUGUUAGCACGUGCUGACGAGCGUUAUAUGCUACUCUACUUUCACGUGUAUACGCUUGACUCUUUUCAGUGUCUCUCGCGCAAGACAACUUCUGUCAUUCCAGAUGAUGAGUUGAGCAUGAUUGAGGAUACUUCGUGUCGGGGUGGAGGAGGUUAUCUGGAUGCCAUGCUCGGCCUGGCCAUCAUCGCGCGGAGGAUACUCCGAACUCUUUGCAAUCCUGCAGCCCCUGAGGCAGGUAUCGACUACCGGGAUGUAAUCUGUCUAUAUGAGCUGCUUCACGAGUGGCGCAAGCGCACCUUCCCCUCAGAGCGACGGACUCCAAAGGACAGAGCGGACGAACUCACCCUAGAAGAGCGCUCUUAUUGGAAAUCAACUCCAGUUUCUACAAGCAGACAAAUCGAUCUCUACCACACAAUUUUGUGGGCUCUUGAAAUCGAUUGCUACAUGCAAAUUGAUGAUUGUGUAUCUCGAUACGGCUGGCAGGAUAACGGUUCAAUCCGGACGGAAGCAGUGACCCACCGUAUAGAAUACGAGAGUCUUCAGGCUAUGUUCGAAGCCGUAGAUUUGGCAGAGUUGAUCCGAAGACCUUGGCCUGCCGACCAAGAUGCUGGAAGAAGACCCUUGGUGGACCUUGCGCCAUCGAUUUUGCGGAACAUUUGUGCAGACGUAUGCGACUGGGUAUGUCUGCGCGGUAAACGACAUUGGGAGCUACUAGACUCCCAAACCGUGGAGAACGCAAACUUAUCUCAAGCAAAUUCAGGCCAGCUCUCUGAGCAAGAAACUCAGAGGCUACGAGUAUUACAUUAUGCUGGGAUAGCGAAACUGCUUCGGGAUACAGUGGCUGCAGCUUCGGCUCACAGGGACACAAAGAAGAUGGUUCAGGACCUUGAUUAUCACCUUAUUCGUCUUCAAGAGAACUAA